AUGUGCUAUCAGCUUGUUGAGCUCUACUCGGCUUGCCGAUGCCUCUACUACCAGCAUGCCAUUGACCGCUGCGCGGCAUACGGAAGACCGGGCCACAACAUCGAGCAGCGCACAAUCUACGUCGGCUAUGCCUGCAGUGCACAUACCGGCCAUAGUGCCCAUCACGCACACGACUUUUCCUACUCAGACUCGGGCUAUGGUAGUGGCCACUCCAGCCGCAAAAGCUACCGAUGA